AUGACUGAAAAGAAAACUACAGGUGAUUAUAAUCGCUUACAGAACAGAAACAAUCAAUUUAAAAAAUGUUCUGAUUGUCUAAAUAAUACUAUCUCUAAAAAUCCAAUUGCAAACAUCUUCUUAAAAAUGGAAUAAGCAUUAUGUUCCAGUUGCAUCAACACCAAUCUCUAUGUUGUACCCAAAACUUAAGAAUUUUCAGGAGCAGAAACAUUCCCGUUUACUAUCUAUAGAAAAAUAUUAUGCAAAUUACAUAAACACGAAUAAAGAUUGAAGUGUAAAGAAUGCUCUAUUUAUUUAAACGAAAAAAAUUAUGCAAAGUGUCCUUUUUGUGAGUUUAGCAUAUUCAAAAGAAAUUUGAAAAAAUGGAGUAUCUUAUACCCAAUUCACAAAUGUGAAGUUUGUAAUCAUUAUUAAUGUCUAAAAUGCUAGUCAGUUCCUGGAAUCAUGGGCAAUGAUGCCAUUGAAUGCUACACCUGUUCAGAGAGGAAGUAAGAUUAAUACUUCCAUGUAAAACACACAAUCAAAUAAAUGAAUACUUUUCAAGGUAUACAAUUUUUAAUCACUAUCCUUUGCGUUGCCAUUUUCACUCCCAUCCAGAUCAUGGGCAAAACUACUUCUAUUACAAAGCAAAUCAUCGACUGGUAACCCUUAUCGUAAGUCACUCCCAGACAAUACUUGUUUAAACUAACCUAUACUGUUAUAGUCGGACCAUUCUUGUGGUUAUGGAUAUAUCUAAGAUACUUUUUUAUUUUGUUUUGGGAAAGCUACUCCGACAACGUUCGACUCUUAUAUCGGUAAAUGAUCCCUUAACCUUGA